UUCAGUUACCGUUGGAGCAACCACCACACACACAAACGCGCAAGGAAGAAGAAGAGAAAAUGCCGAAGAACGCCGGCGAAUCGCAAUCGAAAUUAAAGAUGAGGUUGAAAUCGAUGAGGAAGCCGCUGCGAGACGUCUCUAACGCCAAGGCAGCCAAUAAAUCUGCCAGUAUUUACAACAAGAUCUCCAAAGAUGACGGUGGAAAAGCAGGAGGCGAUUCGCUCGAUCGCCUUCUCCUCGUGCACUCCGAACUCCGACGACAGAUAGAUGAACUAGUUGCCGAAGCACUCAAGUUGAAGGGCAAUGAUAGAAGGGAUGAGAUCAAACAAUUUGCAGAGACCUUGUCUGAUAUGCAGACUUCCUUAAAGCCAUGGGUUUCCAUAUUUCAAAAGGCAGCUCUCAGCCAAUCCACAGUGCCAGAGAAAAAUACUUCAGCGGAGCCAGUUGAGACAAAGGCACUUUAUGUCUCAAAAGAAAAUACAAAUACUGCCGCUGAAAGCCCUGAAGAAACCAAGUUUGAGUCACUUGUCUCUCCAUCACCCCUUGUAUCGUGGCGGGCUGGAUGCAACACCGAAAGUGGCAGACAGUUGUUCCUACUCACACCAAUGCCUCAGAAGAAAGCUUUUUCAUCAAAGCAUCAUGUAUCUUCGCUACAUGAAGUCGAAAAGAUUCCAUUGGAUGAAGCUGCCCACCUGGUAUAUCUUUCUGAUGCAGUACAAAACUUAGGUAAUGAUCUCAAUGGAGGUCUAUCAGCCAAGCCAACUCCAAAAGUGGCUUUCGAUACAGAAAAGACUAAAGCUGUAGUAGACAAACCAGUCACUGAUUGUGCUUCACCAGAAAAGGCUUCAACUACGAAUUAUUCUCUAUUUGUCAUGACUCCAUGCAUGAAAAUGUCACCACCAAAGUCCUGCAUAUUACUCGAGUCCGUAUCAGCCUUCUCCAGAAAGAAAGUCCAGGCAGUCCAUAAAUCUACACCUUUUCCUACUCGAGUCCACAGAUUCAGUGAUUCCCAGGAUUCUGAGUCCGAUUCUGAAUCCUCCAGCGAUCAAUCUUCAGAUGACCUGAAGCUGAAGUAUCCCGAGCUCUAUGGAAUAAGAAAAGAAAAUACACAGAAGAAAAUGGCAGCAGAAGAUUCACCAAACUGGAUUGUCUCACCUCCUAAAACCUGCGCUGUAAUGGAUCCUUCCAACGAGCCAUCAUUUAAAAAUGAAGCUGAUCACUGCUUGCCAUUGAAAACUAGUGUAGUGAGUAAUCAGGUAGCUCACUUCCCCACCAUGAAGACGAAAGAGUGUCAAGGUAGGCAUGCCACUACCUCGAAGACGAAACUGCAAGAUGUUAUUCGUACGCUUGAUUUAGCUGAAGUCACACCGAUGAUGAAGGCACCUAUGAGCAGCAUGCGAAUGGGAAAGCAUCCCGGGGAGAACACUUUGAAGAAGGAACUGUGGAUGAAAUUUGAAGCAGUAAGUAGUCUUGAUUUUCGUUUCAAUGGCUCUCUUGUCCAAGAUUCUACCAAGAAAGGAUUUCUUGACGCUUUGGACGAGGUGUCUGAUGCAUAACUAUUGUUGGGAUGAGGUUACUUCAGUGCUGCUGUAAAGAUAUGAUCAUGUAUGUACAAUUACUUGCAAAAGUUGCAGUUUGGUGUAGUUGCUGAAGUUUUGUGUAAUUGCACUUUUGUGAUGAAGAAAAAAGAAUAUUAUCAAAUUGACAUGAUUAGUUGUUUUGUUAC